GCAGCUUGGCACCCUUGCUCUUCGGUAGGCAUGGAGCAGGCGCCAGCGGCCCCGACGGCAAGCCACUCUGCGCUUCGGGGCGAUGAAGGUAGUGAAAAAGAAGAUACCAAGAUGAGUAAAAAGCCUCCAAAUCGUCCUGGAAUCACAUUUGAGAUUGGUGCUCGUUUGGAGGCACUGGACUAUUUACAAAAAUGGUAUCCAUCUCGUAUUGAGAAGAUAGAUUAUGAAGAGGGGAAGAUGUUGGUCCAUUUUGAACGCUGGAGUCAUCGCUAUGAUGAAUGGAUUUACUGGGACAGCAAUAGGUUGCGACCCUUGGAGCGACCAGCAUUAAGGAAAGAAGGGCUUAAAGAUGAUGAAGAAUUUGUUGAUUUUAAACCUGGAGAAGAAGUCCUAGCUCGUUGGACAGACUGUCGAUACUACCCUGCAAAGAUUGAAGCAAUUAAUAAAGAGGGAACAUUCACAGUACAGUUUUAUGAUGGUGUUAUUCGAUGUCUUAAGAGGAUGCAUAUCAAAUCUAUGCCAGAGGAUGCAAAAGGGCAGGCGCGCGAGAGGGAGCAGAUAGCGCCGGAGCUGAGAUUAGUGACGGAAAUCGAACCAAAAGAAGACUGGAUAGCUUUGGUCAAAGCUGCUGCUGCAGCAGCAGCCAAGAACAAAGCAGGAAGUAAACCUAGAACCAGCGCAAACAGCAAUAAAGAUAAAGAGGACAGAAAAUGGCUAAAAGUUCCUUCAAAAAAGGAAGAAACAUCAACCUCUACAAUCAUGCAGGAAGUCCAAAAAAAGGAAGAGGAGCCUACAUCUAGUGACACAUUUGUAGGAUUUCCUGUAGUGGAUGUUCCAAAGAUGACCUUUGUGCAGGCAGAGAGCACAUUAUCACACAAGAGGAAAAGUAAUCUAGGCAACUCAUUUCAGGCAAAGAGAGCUCGUCUUAACAAGAUCACUGGUUUAUUGGCAUCCAAAGCUGUUGUUGCGGAUGGUGCUGAAAAAAAGGAAGGCAACAAAGAAACAGCUCCAGUCCUGGAGCAGGAGAUUUCACCUAAACCACAAAGUCAGAAAAAAAAUGAAGCUGAUAUUAGCAGUUCUGCCAACAUUCAGAAACCUGCACUGUUAUCCUCAACUUUGUCUUCAGGAAAGGCUCGCAGCAAGAAAUGCAAACAAGAAUCUGGAGAUUCUUCUGGGUGUAUAAAGCCCCCUAAAUCACCACUUUCCCCAGAAUUAAUACAAGUCGAGGAUUUGACGCUGGUCUCUCAGCUUCCUUCUUCUGUGAUAAAUAAAACUAGUCCAUCACAGCCAGUGAAUUCCCCUAGAUCCUACAAACAUAGCCAACGGAGAAGAAGAUCACAGCGUUUAGCCACUUGCUCCUUGCCUGAUGAUUCUGUAGAAAAAGUUUCUUCUCCCUCUUCAGUUACUGAUGGAAAAGUGUUCUCCAUCAGUGGUCAAAACCAACAGUCAUCAAAAUUGGAGGUACCUGAUGUUGCUCAUAUGUCACUUGAGAAGCGUGGACCAUGUCUCCCUCUUGAUUUAAGCCGUAGUUCGGAAGUUACAGCACCAUUAUCCACAGAAUCCACUUUCCGUAAUGAAUAUCCCAGUAAAGACAAGGAAGAUAUUCAGAUGAUUACAUAUCUUUCUUCCAAAGCAGUAACUGAUGGAAGAGUAGCUACAACAGCGUCAGCACCCUCGUCCCAUGUACAUGCCUUGCAUCUGGAAAUGCCUUUAACCAAUAGUCUAAAGUUACCCAAAGGGAAUAGUAAAAAAAAGAGGUCUUCCACAUCAGUGAGCUCUGAAGGGACAGAGAUACAGUGCUCUGUGCCUAUAAAGGAGAAAUGUUUUGAGAGUCUGAAGGAGAAAAUAUUAAAGAACGUGAUUGAGAAGGACAAGCAUUCAGAAGUUGGUGCAGUGCGAAUGGAAAGAAAAGGAAAACUGGAAGAGAAAAGUUCUUCAACAUAUGAUAGUACUGCUGUUUUAAAAUGUUUGAUUUCUAUUUCAGGUAAAAAGAAAGAAAAGGAAAAGGAGAAAAAGGAGAAGAAGGAGAAGGAUCAUAAGUCAAAACAGAAAAAGAAGAAGAAAAAAAAGAAGAAAUCUAAGCAGCAUGAUUAUUCGGAUUAUGAAGAUAGUUCUGUUGAAUUCCUGGACAGGUGCUCCUCUCCAUUAACACGGUCCUCAGGGAGCUCUCUAACUUUGCGCAGCAUGUUCUCAGAGAAGAAUACAUCAUACCAGUAUCCAAGAGCUAUCUUGUCUGUUGACCUUAGUGGAGAAAACCUUUCAGAUGUGGAGUUCUUAGAUGAUUCCUCUACAGAGAGUUUGUUACUUAGUGGUGAUGAAUACAAUCAGGACUUUGAUUCAACUAACUUUGAAGAGUCUCAGGAUGAAGAUGAUGCUCUCAAUGAAAUUGUUAGAUGCAUUUGUGAACUGGAUGAGGAAAAUGGCUUUAUGAUUCAGUGUGAAGAGUGCCUGUGUUGGCAGCACAGUGUAUGCAUGGGUCUGUUAGAGGACAGCAUUCCAGAGCAGUACAUCUGUUAUAUCUGCAGAGAUCCACCAGGUCAGAGGUGGAGUGCCAAAUAUCUUUAUGAUAAAGACUGGCUAAACAAUGGACACAUGUGUGGAUUAUCUUUUUUGAAAGAAAACUACUCUCACCUUAAUGCCAAAAAGAUUGUGUCAACACAUCACCUACUGGCGGAUGUCUAUGGUGUAACUGAAAUAUUGCAUGGACUACAGUUGAAGAUUGGGAUAUUAAAAAAUAAGCACCACCCAGACCUUCAUCUCUGGGCUUAUUCAGGGAUGCGAAAAGAACAAGAACAAAUAACUGUUGGGGUAGAGAAAAAAUUAGUGACUUUGCCGGAUUCUGUUAAUUCAACUGAAAGGACGUGUCGCAGUCAAAACCAUAAAGAGCAGCCCAGUAUACCCCAGAAGAUGGAAGAAACGUACAUCACAAGUGAGCACAGUUACCAAAAACCACAGAGUUUUGGUCAAGACUGCAAAGCAGUCACUGACCCUAUGAGCUCAGAUGAUGAAGAUACAAGUAGUUUUGAGGAAGACCAGGAAUUUCACAUAGAGAAUAAAAACUGUUUACAAUAUUCUUUUAAAGAUGAUGGCAUGAAUGAGCAGAAGAAUUCUGCUGAAGGAAACACUGUGUUUGUUUGUAAUGAAAGAAAAGGCUCAGAGGAACAAGUGGAUACACACCUUCAAUGGCAGCUAAAUCUCCUUACCCAUAUAGAGAAUGUACAGAAUGAAGUCACCAGCAGAAUGGACCUGAUUGAAAAAGAAGUUGAUGUUUUAGAAAGCUGGCUUGAUUUCACUGGAGAAUUGGAACCACCAGAUCCUCUGGCAAGAUUGCCUCAGCUCAAGCGACGUAUCAAACAGCUCUUAAUUGACAUGGGGAAAGUACAGCAAAUAGCAACACUUUGCUCUGUAUGACAAAAGGAAGAAUAAAGAAAUACAAAUAGGUUCCCUUACAGUGAAUUUUCUUACUAGCCACCAGACUGACAGGAAGACAGCAGAAAGCUGAGCAUUUAUCUGAUUCUUUGCUGAUUACAUUAUUAGCCUGAAGCUUUAGAGAGGAGAGGAAAUUUAGAGUGAGGAAUCUGUUACAUUGGAAAUCUGAAUAUUCAGUGUCCAAGUUUCAAAAUGUAAUAUAUUACAUACUGAGGAAUGUUGAUAUGAUUUUAACAUGAUAAACAAGAAAAUCCCUGCACACAAGAAAGUUGAACAAAAAAAUCUCUGAAGAACAAUGUUACUGUUUUGAGACUUUCAGAAAAAAAUUCUAAAUUUGCAGAAUUCAGCUGACUGAAAAAUCUUGGGAACUUCUUUUUUAAUGAAUUCCUCUUACCUUGCUAGUGAAAGAUAGACACAGAGAGAUCUGUAGCCUCUCUACAAGGAAAGUUUUUAGAUUAUUUCCUUCUCUCAUGAAUUUUCUGGAAAACGAACAUACUAGCUUUGAUUUUUUUUUUUUUUUUAAAGAAAUUACUUACUAUGGUCUCCUUUUUAAAAUAUUUUUUUAAAUAGAAAUCCUUAUUACAGCACUCUUAGGCUCCUUUAAAACAUAAGUGACAAAUAGUGGUCAGAUGUGCCAAAUAAUAUUAAAACCACUGGGAUGAGAGUUUGAUUAUGACUUACAUGAAGGUUUUUCCAAAGUCCUACUCGGUGCCAGCAAUCCAUCCAAAAUUGUGUCUAGUUUAUAUUUUUUUAUGUUAUACUGCAGUAUUCAGGAUUCAAGGUACAUUUUUGUCCUGGGUAACUCUGUUCUGGUCUUGGCCCUCUGAAACUUCACCAUCCUCAGCUGGGAUGAGGAAUGACAAGAGCAUCAAAACUGUCUGUGGCUGUGAAUAUACUAAACCACUAGAAUAAAUAUCAGAAGAUACAUUAUUCAAGAUGUUUUUAUAAAAUCUUUCAGCUUCAGUGAAUGAAAUGUCAUGAAACCAAAGGCAACCUACUUGCUCUUUUAGUUCUUGCUGGAUUUUGAGCCCAGGACUUUCUCUGUGCUUAUAAGUUGCCGCUGUACCCAGUGCUACAUGCAUAUUUGUAUGGGUAUGUAUAUGUGUAUAGAUACACAUGUACAUAUAUACAUACUAUAUACAUUUAUAUCUACACAUGUCUAGUUUUAUUACAAUAGACUAUAAGAACUGGUGGUUAACAUUAAAUGUUACCUUUUAACAAGCAGUUUCUAAAAUUGAAAAUAAUGUAUGUACAGGUUUUGAAAUUUGUAAAAUAUGACUGUUAAAAGGAGGCUAUUUAACUGAUGACAUUAAGAUACUUGAACAUUUUAUGCCUCACGUCUGUUUAUCAGUUCUAGUUAUCUGUAUAAAUGCAUUUUAGAACCGAUAGACAGUAAACUUGAAUUUACCUUUUGAUAAGAGUACAAGCCACUGUACAUUCAAAAAUUAUUUAAAUUUGCAAACAACACUGUUCUAUAUGUAAGGUACUGUAUGUAAAACUGUUUAUUAAAACUAUUCUGCAUACUCUACAUUUUCCACUUUUCUUCCUGAUCUUCAUACAAAUGUAAAAAAGAAGUGAUUGUUAUAAUGUACAGACUAUCAAAAAUUCUUGGAAUGCCUUUUGAGGAUGCAUAAAUUUGAAAAAUGUGCCAAAGAUGGAUUAUCUUGGAAAGACUUUGCAACCAGUGCAUUGAACUUUCACGAUAAAACCAUUAUUGAGAAA